UAAUAAUAAUCAUUAAUCAUAACAAUAAGUUAUGUUCCUCAAAACAUGAGCUGAAAGAGAGUUAGGUUAGGGUUUUACACAUUCCAAAUGUUUCAUCCCUGAAAAUUCGAAUCUCCAAUCGCCGAUUCAAUUUCCGACCAAUGGGAUCAUCGUCGGCGUUUUUCGUUAUCUGCAUUCUCCACUCUAUAAUCGCGAUCACAAGUGGCGCUCUCAUGAUGUUCUACAUGAAAGAAGUCUACACUUUCGGUCACGGCGUUCAAACGGCGACGAAGCUUCUCGGAUCUACACCGCAUGAUCAGCUUCUCAUCAAAACCUCCGAUUCGUUCUCCGGUUUACUCCUUGUUGCAAUUGGAUUUCUUCUCUUCAUGGUUUCGUUUGUUAAGGAUCGUGAUUUUCAGAAUUUCUUUGCUAAGGGUUGUAUUUUGCUGCAUGUGUUUAUGGCUUUGUGGAGGAUCUACUUUGAACGUAAAGUUGAAGAUCUCGCUUGGGAUUGGCUUAGACAAACUGUUGGUGAUAUUCUAUUGGCACUUUCGUGGGUUUUCUUCAUUGUUUACUCUUGGAGAGAGAAGUAUGAUUAAUUAGCUUCAUUCUCUCUUUUUUUUUUAUUGUGUUUAUUUUGAUAUUUCUCAUCGGUAUGAUUAUGAAUUUUCUGUUUUUUUUUUUUUUUUUUUUUUAAUUUUCUUUU